AAACGAAUCCACCUUACCUUUUAGGUUUUCAAACUAUCUGGAAGUCGCACUUCUCUCAACUCAACUCAACUCGCGCGUAACGUUCAAUUUUCAAGCUUCCAUGGGAACUUCUUCAAUCUAAACUCCGUAACAAAACCAGUGAUGGGUCGAAGGAAGCAACCCCGGCCGCAUCGGUCAGUGGGGAUACUGGAGAGGCGUGAGAGACCUGAAAAUGAAUUGAAUGAGCAAAGUUCUUCUCAAAGGGAUGAGUCUGUUAAUGUUGAAAAACCAUUUUUUGUUGAAGUUGAUAGGAGUGGUUGGGAUUCGAAUGAACAUUUUGAUGUUUCAGAAGUUCUUUUGACGAAUUUGAAUUUAAGCAGAGAGUUUUCCGGAUAUGGAUUGAGUGAAAGUUUUUACCAAGAUUCAAAGUAUUCUUUGAGGCUUAGUUUGUGCAGUGUAAAUGAAUUUGUUGGUCGCAUUAGGUUAGGCCAAUGGCCCGUGUUACCUGCUAGCGAUGUAUAUUUGGAAUUCACGGAAAUGUGCAUGUCGGAGGAUACAGCAAUGGAUGCCGUGAUAGUGUCGGGGAGUUUUGAUGGACCGGAUGAGGGUAUUUCGGGUCUUGUUCACCUAAUUAGUCUUAAGUUUUUGUCAUUGAGGCCAGUUCUAGGGUUUACAUUUUCAGAAGAAAUGUCAUCUAUAAGGGUGAGAGUGGAGAUACUUAAAACUGCAUUUGAUGCCUGUGAUUCUCUUCUUGACACUACAAGGCAACUUUGGAAAAAAAGUAUGAUGAGUGUCAUGGCUUGGCUGCGACCCGAAGUUAUAACUUCAGAGGUUAGAUACGGAUAUAGUGAGUCAACGGAACUGGAACUCAGUUUACAUAUGGGGAUGGACAAUUACUCCCCGGCCUCAAGGAAACGGGCCAGGUUUGAUGCUGCUGGAUUUUAUGAAGCCAUCAAGCCAUCAAAAGGGGAUCCCAUGCUGGAAGAUGACGUACCUGACUUGAUUCCGGUGCUUAGACCAUAUCAGCGCCGAGCAGCUUACUGGAUGGUACAACGAGAAAAAGGAGCUUCUGAAUGUUCAAGUUCAAGUGAAAGAAGUCAGUUCUUGUCUCCUCUAUGUAUGCCAGUGAAUUUAAUUGACUCAAGUUCAACAAUGUUUUACAAUCCAUUUAGUGGAAAUGUUUCAUUGCAUCCGGAAUACUCUUCAUCAUAUGUCUUCGGUGGUAUUCUUGCUGAUGAGAUGGGAUUGGGGAAAACGGUUGAGCUGCUUGCCUGUAUAUUUGCUCACCAGAAGCCGGCAUUUGAAGGUGGCACUAAUUUUGAUAAUAUAAUGCAAAUUACCGAGGAUCAGAAAGUUAACCUGAAAAGGUUGAAAAGAGAGCGCAUUGAGUGCAUGUGUGGAGCUGUGAGUGAAAGCUCUAGAUAUACAGGAUUAUGGGUGCAAUGUGAUAUCUGUGAUGCUUGGCAACAUGCAGAUUGUGUGGGCUAUUCAACUGGAGGGAAAACUUCAAAAUCCAGAGAAGUCUCUAAAGGACAAGGAUAUAAAAAUAACCAGACAGAAAACUCACGAAAGCGUACAAGAAGGAAAAGUAAUUCCAAAGUAGUUGUGAUGGAAGGGGAUCAUAUUUGCCACUUGUGCUCAGAACUGAUUCAAGCUACUGAUGCUCCAGUUGCUACUGGUGCAACUCUUAUAGUAUGUCCAGCUCCUAUAUUGCCCCAAUGGCAUGCUGAAAUUAUUCGUCAUACAAAUCCAGGUUCCUUGAAAACUUGUGUUUAUGAAGGUGUUCGAAACACUUCGCUUUCAAAUACGUCACUGAUGGACACCAGUGAACUUCUCGGCGCUGACAUUGUUUUGACAACAUAUGAUGUGCUUAAAGAAGACUUAUCGCAUGAUUCUGAUAGGCAUGAAGGGGACCGUCGGUUUAUGAGAUUUCAGAAGAGAUACCCUGUUAUCCCAACUCUCCUCACCAGAAUUUUCUGGUGGAGAAUUUGUUUGGAUGAGGCUCAAAUGGUGGAGAGCAAUGCUGCUGCUGCGACAGAAAUGGCACUGCGGCUUCAUGCUAAGUAUCGUUGGUGUAUUACCGGGACUCCUAUACAACGCAAGCUUGAUGAUUUAUAUGGCCUUUUGAGGUUCCUUAAAGCUAGUCCGUUUGAUGUUCUUAGGUGGUGGAUUGAAAUCAUACGAGAUCCAUACGAGAGGGGAGAUGUUGGAGCUAUGAGAUUCACGCAUAAAUUCUUUAAGCAAAUAAUGUGGCGUUCUUCAAAACUACAUGUUGCAGAAGAAUUACAGCUUCCUCCCCAGGAGGAGUGUCUCACUUGGCUAUCUUUCUCCCCUAUUGAAGAGCACUUUUAUCAGAGGCAGCAUGAAACUUGUGUGAACUAUGCUCAUGAAGUAAUUGAGAGUUUCAAAGAUGACAUUCUCAAACAAAAAAUCACAGGUUCCAUGUCAUCUGAAGCUGCGUCUGAUCCUUUUAUCACCCAUCUGGAGGCUGCGAAGCUGUUAAACUCACUCUUGAAGCUUCGGCAGGCAUGUUGCCAUCCUCAAGUGGGAAGUUCUGGGCUGCGUUCUUUGCAACAGUCUCCCAUGACCAUGGAUGAGAUAUUAUCAGUUCUUGUAGGCAAGACCAAGGUAGAAGGGGAGGAAGCUCUCAGGAAAUCAGUUGUUGCAUUGAAUGGACUCGCAGGAAUAGCUAUAAUCAAUCAAGACUUUUCCCAAGCAGCAUCAUUGUACAGAGAAGCACUAGCUUUAGCUGAGGAACACUCUGAAGAUUUCCGCUUGGACCCUUUGUUAAACAUUCAUAUUCAUCAUAACCUUGCUGAGAUACUCCCAUUGACUCCAGAUUACUUGCAAAAUAAGCAGUUCCCUGAAAGCUCAAAAAAUAAGGCCUCUGGGGUAUAUGAUGUUGAAAAAUGUGAUCAACAUGAUGGGAAAAGAGAAAAAAUAAGUGGGGAAGACUCCUCAGAUUUGACUAUUGAUGCUGAGAAUUUACCUGAGUAUACUUCUGACCCAUUAGCUAAUGGCUCAAACCAUGAUAAAGAAUGUGAUGCUAAGGCCCACUUACAUUCUAAAUCUUCUAGUGAUGGAUGUUUGAUAACGGAAUGUGAGAAUCUGAAACAGAAGUUCCUAUCUGUGUUCAACUCGAAGCUAUCCUUGGUUCAGCAAGAGUUCAAAAAGUCACAUGUUCAGGUUUGUAAUGCAUUUAGCGAUAGGAAAAAUCAGCACACUGUUUGGUGGUUGGAAGCCCUUCAUCACAUUGAGCAGGACAAGGAUUCCUCAAGUGAGUUGAUCAGAAAGAUUGGAGAAGCUGUCUCCAAUACAAUGAAAUUUUCUAGGUCGUCAAAAAUUGCAUCCUGCUUUCGAAGCAUAACUGCUCUGAAGUAUUACAUCCAGACUGGUUUGGAUUCACUGGAAGAUUCUAGGAAAACUUUACUUGAUAGACUUUUGGAAAUUGAUCAGACAAUGGGAAGUCCAAGAGAGGAGGAUAUUGAGCGUGUGAGAUACUGUCCGAACUGCCAAGCUAAUGGAGAUGGUCUUAUAUGUGUUCAUUGUGAACUAGAUGAGUUAUUUCAGGUCUAUGAGGCCAGACUCUUUCGUCUUAACAAAGGACAUGAUGGAGUCUUUACAUCUGCUGAGGAGGCAGUAGACCUGCAAAAAAAGAAGUCUGCUCUGAACCAUUUUUAUUGGACUUUGUCACGGCCUGAAAAAAAAUCAACCUCUUCCAGUGUCAAUUAUGAAGAUAAUGGAGGGAGGAGGGAUGCUGGGGAAAAAGUAGUGGUUUCAAGAUCUCCUUCUGAAUUGGAAGUUGUUCUUGGGAUUAUAAAAAGCUUUACUAAGGCUCUGUUAGGUCGGGAUGGUAUGGCAUCUGCCACCAAACAGCUACAUCUUCUUGAGAGCAUGCGAAAGGAGUAUGCACAAGCAAGGUCCUUGGCAAUUGCUCAAGCUCAAGUUCUGCGUGCUCAUGAUGAAAUAAAGAUGGCAACCUCACGAUUACGUUUACGAGAGAAUGAGGAUGAUAAUUCUAUUGAUGCCUUAGGUCCAGGAGAACUGGAUGCAGCUAGCGCUGAAAAUUCUAGUGACAAGUUUCUGGCAUUGACCUCAUUAUCACGUAUAAAAGGACAACUUCGCUAUCUGAAGGGCUUGGUACAAUCUAAACAAAAAUUGCAACUAGAGAGUCCAAGUUAUUCAUCUGUAAAUGAAGUCACAAUGGUCUCUUCCUCUUCUACUACAGGAACAGAGAAGGGUUCUGCAGUUAAAGCUGAUGAAGAAGCAUGCCCAGUUUGUCAAGAAAAGCUCAAGAAUCAAAAGAUGGUUUUUCAAUGCGGGCAUGUUACUUGCUGUAAAUGUUUGCUUGCAAUGACUGAGCAAAGACUUGAUCAUUAUGGAAAGUUUCAUGGUAAAUGGGUGAUGUGCCCAACAUGCCGACAACAUACUGAUUUUGGAAAUAUUGCUUUUGCCGAUGAUAGUCAAAAUAAAUCAGAUAGUUCUUUCAAGAGAUGUGAGAACUCUGAAGCUUCUAUUACUGUUCAUGGUUCUUAUGGAACAAAGAUUGAAGCAAUCACAAGGAGAAUCCUCUGGAUCAGUUCUACAGAUCCAAAAGCCAAACUUCUUGUUUUCUCCAGUUGGAAUGACGUCCUUGAUGUGCUGGAACAUGCCUUCACUGCUAACGGUAUAAGUUAUAUCAAGAUGAAAGGAGGCAGGAAAGCCCAUGUCGCCAUCAGCCACUUUAAAGGACAGGGAAGCAGUGCAAAGAGAAGAGGGGAGAAGCAUGACCAGAAGACAGAAACCAAAUUUGUUCAAGUGUUACUGCUUUUAAUUCAACAUGGAGCCAAUGGGCUCAAUCUUUUGGAAGCUCAGCAUGUUAUUCUUGUAGAGCCACUACUCAACCCAGCAGCAGAAGCACAAGCCAUUGGCCGGGUGCAUCGAAUUGGUCAGGAGAAUAAAACACUUGUUCACCGUUUCAUAGUGAAAAACACAGUUGAAGAAAGCAUAUACAAACUGAAUAGAAGCAGGAGCACAAGUUCAUUCAUCAGUGGAAACACCAAGAAUCAGGAUCAGCCUGUUUUGACGCUUAAAGAUGUCGAGUCCCUAUUCACGGCCACACCCUCAACCAUACCAGAAAGUGAUGAAAAGUCAAGUGGAAACUUAAUGCAUUUGCCAGCUUCUGUGGCAGCUGUUAUGGCCGCUGAGAGGAGACUAAUGGAGCGCACUGAAAAUCCAAGUUGAUUGUAGUACAUUUGCAACCUCCCGAUAUCUCUGCUGCUAUUGUUGUCAGGAAGGCAUUGAAGGAAUAGAAACUAUGCAAAUGUGGGUAUGGUUUCCUUUUUCUUGAAGAUGAGCUUGGUGCAAAUGUGCUAGAUCAUUGGAAUAAUUGUCAGAAGCGGAGCAAAAUGAAGCAAUCUUUUGAAUAGGCGGUGCAUAAACAUAGAAGCACAAUUGGGAAUAGUGUUCCUCUGCUUGGCUGAUACAUUUUUAGGGUUCCUGACAAACAAAUUUGUUGUGUACAUGUGGAUCUGCCAACCUUGUUCAUAUCUAUGGUUAUAGUAGGGGCACUAAUGACAAGCUAGAUCUAAUGUACUCAACUGUUUUAUUAGUUAAGUUCAUUGAUUAUUAUUAUC